AUGGUACUGCAACAAACACCAAAGAAGGCUACCAUAUGGGGGUUUGCAUCACAUGUGGGGGAAACUGUCACGGUACAGAUAUCUGGGAAGGGAUCGGUGACAACGACAACAAGACACGGAGAUAACGGUGCUGUUGUAUGGUAUGCGCAGCUUCCGCCAGUCAGCGCCGGUGGACCAUACACCAUCACAGCUACAUCUAGGGAAGGGACGCUAGCUCUGUACGAUGUCCUGUUAGGUGACAUGUGGGUGUGUUCUGGACAGAGCAAUAUGCAAUUCACGAUGAGCAUGGAUUUCAAUGCAACUGCUGAAAUCAACGACGCUGACCAUUACCCCCACAUUCGUCUGAUGACAGUAUUACAUCAUACAUCUCUUAAACCGGUCACUGACUUUAAUGGAUGGUUUCAAAGCUGGUCAGUCGCUUCUCGGUAUUCGGUGGGAGGAACGGAUUGGGUACAUUUCUCCGCGCUGUGUUGCCUCUAUGGGAAGCAUCUCUACAAAACAUUGAAGUACCCCAUUGUAUUGAUAGCAACAGCAGACGGAGGGACUAUUGAUGAAGCAUGGUCGUCUCCAGACGCCCUGUCCAAGUGCGUCAGCAAAAAUCAGAUACCAAAGCCCACGUACAAUACCAAUGGUGACGUGGACCACAACACCUAUUCCAGUCUUUGGAAUUCAAUGGUGCAUCCUCUUUUGCAUACAACUAUAUAUGUCGUCAUCUGGUAUCAAGGUGAAUCAAACCAGCAAAACGGACUCGACAGAUACAGCUGUACAUUCCCGGCUCUGAUAGAUGACUGGAGAAAAAAGUUUUCAGAAGCUACAAACGGUCAGACUUCCAAUAUGUUUCCCUUUGGAUUUGUCCAGUGGCACCAGACCUCUGACUAUGGCUAUGCCCCUAACGACAGGAUGAAGAACACCUUCAUGGCGGUGGCCAUGGACCUGCCUGAUUACAAUUCACCACGUGGAAGCAUCCAUCCCAGAAAUAAGGCAGAUAUCGCUGAGAGACUGUACACCGAAGCCAUGAUUGUGGCUUACAAGAGAACAGAAAUGCUAGACCACCGAGGACCAUUCCCUACUGGGUUUACUGAAGUGGUGGAUAAGAUUGACUGUUUCAUAUUUUCUUUUGUGCAGGUGUGUUGUGUCCCGAGGAGGGAUAUAUCUGAUACCCGCAAGUUCUGUCCAAUGACCUACCCUUCUAACCUGUGGAAGGCUGUUCCCAUCACGGCUUCAGACUCAACGUCUGUAACAAUCAACUACCACAAUGCUUGCACCUCAAGCAACCCCUACCUUGGUGGUAUCCGUUAUGAGUGGCGGGAAUCCCCCUGUGAUAUGAAGAAGUGUGCUGUGUACAACAAACUGAGCGGAAGUCCUGCUCCAGCCUUCAUACACUUUGUCACCCUUUAG